AUAAUAAUGAUAAGGCUGUUUUUAAAACUGUGUUCCCAAUAUACUUUAAAUACAUUUUUCCACAUAACGGAGAUCGGUCAGAGUCUACUACACUACUCUUGUUUAAGCCGAAAAGAUUAUAGUAUUUCACAUGACACGCCUUUCCUACCUUAAGUACCUGAAGCAGCAAAGGGAAUGUAACCAUAAGCAUACGAUUACGCUGAUCUGCUGCAAAACGAUCGCGAUUUCCUUGCGCACGGUUUAUUUAUUUUGAUGUGCUAUUGGCAGUUCAACGAAGUAAGAUCACGCGACAUAACAAACCCAUUCACUCGAUCGAUCGUGUCUGUGUCGCCUUAUCGCAACCGGAAUCUCGUGCGAAAUAACAAAACCGCCACCCUAAAACCAGCAGCAGCAGUGUUUUAACCUUUCCGUCUUGGCGUGUUGUGUGGUAGUAAUGCAGUGCAGAUACUAGCGAGGCAGUGCGGACGCAUCCUACUCACAAUCAAUGAUGUUCGGCAAAGAAUUGAACAUGUUUCGUAUUUCGGUGCACGUAUUUCCAACUCUCGUAAUUUAUUUCACCGUCAUGAUCGUGGAAGGUAUGUGCCUCAUGGCUAGCUGUCCAGUACCCACCAAACACUACACGACACUCGGUUGUGAACCAAGCGACGAACUCAACCUCCAAGGAUGCCCUCGUUGGUUCAACUGUUCGAUGCUGGAGCAACGCGCUAGUGAUAAGUGUUAUCUGUACGGGAAAGCGUACGAACUGCAUGCUCACGUACCGGACGAGAAGGUGAAAUCGUCCUGUUUGGCACUGUGUACAUGUCUCAUGAAUUUGCGACGAGGAGUAGCUGAAUUCCACUGCGCUCACAUCGAUUGCCCGGAAUUCUUAUCACCGCAUCGGGCCGGUUGUGUACGCCAGUACCGCACCAAUGAUUGCUGCGCGUCGAGACAAGCGUGCGGUGAAAAACGGACCAACCUGCCACAGUGUACGGUUGGCAGCGUAAAGUACUACGAAGGGGAACGUAUGCAAUUUGCGCACGAUCCUUGCCUGACGUGCAUCUGCACACAGCACUUCAACGAGAGUGAUCCUCUUGCGCAUGCAAAGUGCUACACGAACGAGUGUGCAUUUGAAUUAAUAUCACCCUCGGUGUUGGCGAACGGUAGUGCACCGGUUUACUACGGAAAUCGUUGCUGUCCUUGGGAGUGGAGAUCGCCAAAAUCUAAGGAUCGUAUCAACGGAGUAAAAGCUGUAAUAUCCAGCGAUUCGGAAGAGGCAUCGAUCGAACACAGGUGCACCUAUGGUAACUUAACAUUGCGCAUUGGUGAAUAUUUAGUUCCCGAUGUUACGGCGGUCGGUAUUUACGAAUGUUUUUGUGCCAUACCGCCAAUGGUUCAUUGUAUCUUAACGGCUGCGUAACGUACCGUGUGUGUGUGUGUUGCUUCAUGUUGAACGUGAUAUUACACCACAAACAUAAAUCAGUCUAGAGUCCUAACUUUACACAUAGUAAUAUAGGUGUAAUUUCAUACAAUGCAGUAAUAUUAAUUAAACAUUUUUGUUUUAUGUUAA